AUGGAAAUCGUGAGCAACCUCAAGAAGAUCUACCACAAUUCCAAAAUGGGCAAUGCAAACUCAGUACCAGCUGCCGGGCAGAAGCGGAAACGCCCAAACUUCUUGGCCAUCGAUCAGACCCUCAUUGGGAUAACGAUAGGUGAGGAAGAGGAGAACAAAAAGUCGUUCAUGCUACACAAGGACCUUCUCUGCGCACAUUCACGGUACUUCCGCAACGCGUGUGAAGGCCUCUUAUCAGAAGACGAAGCCCUAACAAUCCACCUCCCAAAUGUCUCAGAAUCAACAAUCAAACUCUUCCAAUUCUGGCUCUACGGCCAGGCGACCCGCGAAGAGCCUAAACGCGUGAUCAAGCGCCCGAAACAUACCAUCAAUAAGGGGAAGGAAAUCAUCGAUCUCGAUGCGCCGGGGCCUGCAGAUCCACCACCGCCAGAAGCCCAUGAUGGAGACGAGAUGUCAACAGAAGACCUUUUCAACACAAGGCGUACUCCCGCCUGGCUCGACACCUCCGAAUUCCUCUUCACCACGAACCACCAAUACCUACGUACCUUCAUCGGCCUCUCGACACUAGCGCACACCUACGACAUCCCGCAGCUCAGCAGCGACGUAAUGACUCUCAUAGUCGACCUACAGAACUACAACCGCGACCGCAAAGGACAACGCGACCUGUGGCCGCCAUACACGGAGCUCUACUCCGGCCUCCCCAGCUCCGCACCGCUGUGCAAGUAUCUCGUCAAAGAAGCCGCCGUCUACCGGGACCUGACCAAGAUAAAGCGGUCCAAACUCGACGACCUCCCCAAAGACUUCCUCGUCGAUAUGCUGCUCACCACCACACCGAUGAAGCGCGUCAGCCGCCUGAAGCUCAAGGAGGAGAUCCGGGAUAGCUGCAAUUUUCACGCGCACCCGUCACACCCAUCGAUAUCAGCGUGCAAGAAGCGGCAAUUGAGGGAUGGCGCAUUUUACAGCAGUUUCUUACGGGCAUGCAUGAGCGAGGUGUAUGCGCUGGAGGAGCAUAGCGAACAACAUUGGGAUGGCGAGAGUGAGACGACGGAGGUUUUGCAGCAGGAAAUGUUUGCGUUGGAGGGCGAGAGUGAGGUUUGUCGGGAGUGGGAUUGGGAUAAUGAGGAUACGCUGAGGGUGAGCGAGGGGGAGGAGAGUGGGUGA